GCAGGGAAACAGUGAUUUGAAAAGAACCAUUACAUUCCACCAGAAUGUCUGUGAAGUGGAUUCCAGUUCUGCUGCUGCUGCAGCUGAGUUCUUACUUUAGUCCAGGGAGUUGUGGAAAGGUGUUGGUGUGGCCCACAGAAUACAGCCAUUGGAUGAACAUGAAGACAAUCCUGGAUGAACUUGUCCAGAGAGGCCAUGAAGUGAUUGUUCUGGCAUCUUCAGCUUCCAUUCUUAUCGAUCCCAACAAACCAUCUGCUAUUAAAUUUGAAGUUUACCCUACAUCUUUAACAAAAGAUGAUUUUUUGUUUUUUUUCAAGAAGGCGGUCAUGAAAUGGACAUAUGGGCAAAAACAUACAUUUUGGACAUAUUUUUCACUAAUGCAAGAAAUAUCUAGGGAUUAUUCUGACUGCAUUGAAAAGCUCUGUGAAGAUGCCAUUUUUAACAAGAAACUUAUGACAAAACUACAAGAAUUAAGGUUUGAUAUCAUUCUUGCAGAUGCCAUUGGACCCUGUGGUGAGCUGUUUGCUGAGCUACUUAAAAUACCUUUAGUAUACAGUCUCCGGUACUUUCCAGGCAACACAAUUGAAAAAUAUAGUGCAAAAGUUCCAAUCCCUCCAUCCUAUGUACCUGUUGUUUUGUCAGGAUUAAGUGAUCAAAUGACAUUCAUGGAGAGGGUACAAAAUAUGAUGUAUGUGCUUUAUUUUGACUUCUGGUUCCAAACGUUUAAUGAGAAGAAAUGGGAUAAGUUUUACAGCAAAGUACUAGGAAGACCCACGACAUUGUCUGAGUUAAUAGGGAAAGCUGAAAUGUGGCUCAUUCGAACUUAUUGGGAUUUUGAAUUUCCCCGCCCACAUUUGCCACAUUUGGAAUUUGUUGGAGGACUCCACUGCAAACCUGCUAAACCCCUUCCUAAGGAAAUGGAAGAGUUUGCCCAGAGCUCCAAGGAAAACGGUAUUGUGGUGUUUACUCUGGGGUCAAUGGUCAGUAACAUGACAGAAGAAAGGGCCAAUGUGAUUGCAUCAGCCCUUGCCCAGAUUCCACAAAAGGUUAUAUGGAAAUUUGAUGGCAAAAGACCAGAUACCUUAGGGGCAAAUACUCGUCUCUAUAAAUGGAUCCCCCAAAAUGACCUUCUUGGUCAUCCAAAAACCAAAGCCUUCAUAACUCAUGGUGGAACCAAUGGCAUCUAUGAGGCGAUCUACCACGGGAUCCCCAUGGUGGGCAUUCCUUUGUUUGCAGAACAACCUGAUAACAUCGCUCGCAUGGAAGCCAAAGGAGCAGCUGUCAGAUUGGACUUCAACACAAUGUCAAGUACAGAUUUGCUCAAUGCAUUGCGGACAAUCAUUAGUGACCCUUUAUAUAAAGAGAAUGCUAUGAAAUUAUCGAGAAUUCACCAUGAUCAGCCAAUGAAACCUCUAGAUCGAGCAGUCUUCUGGAUUGAAUUUGUCAUGCGCCACAAAGGAGCCAAACACCUGCGGCCAGCCUCCUACGACCUCAACUGGUUCCAGUACCACUCUUUGGAUGUGAUUGGGUUUCUACUGGCCUGUGUGGCAACUGCUAUAUUUGUCAUCACAAAAUGUUGUCUGUUGUCUUGCCAAAAGUGUGCUAAAACAGGAAAGAGAGACAAGAAGGAGUAAUUUUAUCUCAGGACUGUGGCCAGUGUAUUCCAGCAAGAAGUUGUGUUGUAAAGAUCCCUUCCUCCUGUGACAGUGUUUCACUAUUUAGCUUGUCAAAUCAAAAUCUGUUUUAAAAUGACUUACUACCUAUUUAAGAGUUAGAAAUAUGUCAUGCCGGAGAUACAAACGGGCAAAAUAAAAUAAAAUAAAAACAAAACAAUAUGGAUAUAUAUUGAAAUUUAUUA